AUGGCACUGUGGCAGGCAAUACUGUGUGCCCUCUUAGCGGCCGCUUUGGGUGGGCUUUACCUGGCAGGCGCGUUCCGCAAGCGGAGAGCCAACGAGCCCCCCUUGGAGAGAGGGUUCAUCCCCUGGCUAGGAUGUGCGCUGGAAUUCAGGUACGACGGCAUGGAGUUCUUGCGCAGGAUGCAGAAGAAGCACGGGGACAUUUUCACGGUGCUGUUCGGGGGCGACUAUUUCACUUUCCUGAUGGACCCCCUCUCUUUUGGGACAGUGGUGAAAGAAGCGAGAGCCAAGCUGGAUUUCAACGAGUACGCGCACGAACUCGUCGAGAAAGUGUUUGGAUACCGGCCUUCUUUCAUGACCCAUAAGAUAGUGGAGAGCGCCAGUACAAAGCACCUCAAGGGGAACGGGCUCGUGGUGAUGACUCAGGCUAUGAUGGAUGGCUUGCAAACGGUGAUGCUUCACAGCCUGGGCUCGGCGGAAGGGGGGAAGCCCUGGAAACAAGAUGGGCUGUUCCACUAUUGCUACAACUCAGUCUUUAGAGCGGGAUACCUCGCUUUGUACGGAAACGAGCCGAGUCAAAGUGCAAAGGACUCCCCAAAGGCCCAGAAGGAGGACCUCCUGCACUCUGAGGAGGUCUAUGAAGAAUUCCGGAAAUACGACCAGCUUUUCCCCCGCUUGGCCACUUCCACGCUCUCCUACAGGAAGAAAAAGGAAGCUGAACGCUUGAAGAGACUCUUCUGGGGGCUCCUCUCAGUGAAGAACGUGUACCAAAAGGACAACAUCAGUGGGUGGGUGAGGGAACAGGAGCAGCAUCUUGCUGAGGAGGGCAUGCCUGAAUACAUGCGGGACCGGUUUAUGUUUUUGCUCCUCUGGGCAGCCCAAGGGAACACUGGCCCAGCGUCCUUCUGGCUCCUUCUACACCUCAUGAAGAACCCAAAGGCGAUGGAAGACGUGGGGAAAGAGGUGGACAGAGUGGUGAGAGAAUCUGGACAGGAGGUAAAGCCAGGCGGGGCAGUGAUCAAUGUCACCAAGGAGAUGUUAACCAACACGCCUGUCUUGGACAGUGCUGUAGAGGAGACCCUGAGGUUAGCGGCGGCUCCCCUGCUGAUCAGGGCUGUGGUCGAGGACAUGAAGCUCAAGAUGAACGACGGGAAGGAAUACGCUUUGCGCAAAGGAGACAGAAUCGGGAUCUUCCCCUAUUUGGCGGCACACAUGGACCCAGAAAUCCACCCCCAGCCUCACGUCUUCAAAUACGACCGCUUCCUGAACCAAAAUGGCGCCAGAAAGGAAUUCUAUAAGAACGGCGAAAAGGUGAAGUAUUUCACCAUGCCCUGGGGCGCGGGGACCUCCAUGUGCCCCGGACGGUUCUUUGCUGUCAAUGAGAUGAAGCUUUUUGUCUUCCUGAUGCUGACCUACUUCGAGAUGGAGUUGGUGAACGAAGACAAGGAAGUCCCUCCACUGGACAAGACCCGCUAUGGGUUUGGUGUGAUGCAGCCCGCCUACGACGUCCAGUUUAGGUAUCGGCUACGAUAUUGA